UCGAUUAGGUUUUAAAAAAUGGCAAGCACGGGGAGAUGACCAAGAAAUGUUAAAGAAAAAGAAAAAGGAAAUACAAACUAAGUUUAGACAAGAAUUGGGUCUGUUGAUUGAUCAACCUCGUCCUGGAGGAAGUGGCACGACUAAUGAUGGUAACACGGCCAGACGAUUUUUUUCUAAUCCAGACGUAUCAUCUUCUAUAACCGGUGUUGAUAAAAAUAUCAUAGUACGAUUCAAAGUUAUACUUGAAGUUAUAUCAUCAGGUGAAAAAAUUAAAGGAGUUGAAUUCAAUAAUUAUGCAUUUGAAACAGCUCAAUUAUUCAUUAGUAAAUAUCCAUGGUUUUAUCUACCAGCAUCCGUUCACAAAAUUUUGAUUCACGGAACACAAAUUGUUGAAAAUGCCAUAUUGCCAAUCGGUUUAUUAUCAGAAGAAGCACAGGAAGCUAGGAAUAAGGAUAUGAAGAGGUUUAGGGAAAAUAACACAAGAAAAAUAUCCAGAAAACAUACAAUGGAAGAUUUAUUUAAUAACUUGCUCAUUUCAUCAGAUCCACUUAUUUCGAGUAGAAGAAAAAUUAGCAAUAAAAAAUCAACCACAUUAUGCGAUGAAGCAAAACUGCUUGUAUGUAUUGUAGGAGAAAAUAAAGAGGAUUUUUACAUUAAUGAGGAAAAUAGUGAAGACGAAUUUAUGGAGUACGAAUAAUUAAAUUGAAAACAACUAGCAUAU